AUGGGGAACAAUGACAGAAGAUGCAAAAUGGAACGCCAAUCUUCUGGCAUGGCAUUGGAUGCCCAGAGUAACCCAAAGAGAGAACAGCUUAACAUCAGAGUCCCACCAGAACACACUUUAAACCUACAGAUGACGCUCAUAGAAACCGCAGAUAAGGAGACAGAGCUCUUUCCCCACGGAGGCCUAUGGAAAGCAGUGUGUGUAGAGAGUGAAAUCAGGGGUGAUGUAACUAUAGGACCCAGGACAGUGAUCCACCCUAAAGCACAAAUCAUUGCGGAAGCCGGGCCCAUAGUGAUUGGCGAAGGUAACGUAAUAGAAGAACAGGCGCUCAUCACAAAUGCUCACUCUGAUGCAGCAGAUUCAGAGCCCAAACCUAUGAUCAUUGGCACAAAUAAUGUGUUUGAAGUUGGCUGUUAUUCCCAAGCCAUGAAAAUAGGAGAUAAUAGUAUUAUUGAAUCAAAUGCGUAUGUAGGCAGAAACGUAAUAUUGACAAGUGGUUGCAUCAUUGGGGCCUGUUGCAACCUGAACACAUUUGAAGUCAUCCCUGAGAACACAGUGAUUUAUGGUGCAGGCUGUCUUCAUCGGGUACAGACUGAGCACCCACAGCCCCAGACACUACAACUGGAUUUCCUGUUGAAAAUCUUGCCAAACUACUAUCACCUAAAGAAGACUAUGAAAGGAAGCUCAACUCCAGUUAAGAACUAAGAACAAUAUAUGUCAUCAAGGUAACAUUUGUCUUUGACCACUGUCUUCUGAAAAAUCCACACUGUUUAUGCACUCUU